AUGGCAUCGCCUGCUGCAGGGCACAACACGGCGGGGCAGGCGAAGCCGCUGAAACUUGUUCCUGUGACGGUUCUAUCGGGAUUCUUGGGCUCUGGGAAAACCACCUUGCUCAACAGGAUCUUAACUUCACACCAUGGAAAGAGGAUAGCAGUGAUUCAGAAUGAGUUUGGUGAGGAUCUAGGGCUGGGAAGCGCACUCGCGGCAGAAGGUAAGGCGGGGCAGAUCUUUGAAGAAUGUUUCGAGAUGAACAACGGGUGUAUAUGCUGCUCAGUACGUGACGAUUUGAUCAACACGCUAGAAAGAAUCAUGAAAAACAGGAACAAGUUUGACUACAUCCUCGUGGAGACUACUGGGAUGGCAAACCCGGGCCCUAUCGCUUCAAUUUUCUGGCUUGAUUCAGAGCUAGAAAGCUCCUUACAUCUGGACGCUAUUGUGACCCUGGUAGACGCCAAGCACAUCCUCAAGCAUCUGGACGAUCCUGCACUAUGCAGCAGCUUGGAGGCAGCUCAACAGAUCGCGUUUGCUGACAGGAUCCUCUUGAACAAGAUCGACCUGGUCACGGAGGCUGAGGUGGAGGUGGUGGAACGGAGGCUGAGGGAGAUCAACGGUGUCGCUCCAAUCUACCGCACACAGAAUUCUGAGAUUGACCUCGACAACAUCCUGGACGUGAAAGCGUUCGAUGCCGAACGCGCCAAAGAGGUCGAGCUGGGCACCUCAGCCGACAAGGGUUGUGAGCACGGAGAAGAUUGCAGCGGGCAUGAUCAUAGUAGCAAGGUCAACCACGAUAGCAAGAUCGGGACCGUUUCUUGCUCGGAGGAUCGCGCGCUCGAUGAGAGGAAGCUCAACCUGUGGCUGGGAGGAGUGCUCUGGGAGAACGAGGGCGGAAUGACCAUCUUUAGGAUGAAGGGGCUGCUGACUAUCCAUGGCGAAGAGACUCAGAUGGUCCUGCAAGGAGUACACAACCUGUUCGACAUCCUCCCUGCGCAAGCUCAAGUUGAUUCGCAAUCUCGCAGCAAGAUUGUCUUCAUCGGGCAGAACCUCGACCGGCUCGCACUGCAGAAAGGCCUGUCAUCUUGUGUACAACUGCAGUAA